AUUGUACACAAGCAAGGUGCCCCACAUAAACGACGCCGUGGGCUCGGAUAAUUUCCGAGGCAGGUUAAGGGGUAAUUGGGGAAUCCAGAAACCACCCUUAGGCCGAUAAUAUAACGCGCACACACCCACCCAGUACCCACCGCACAGCACAAACCCAAGGCGGUGAAGUCCCGAAACAAACUUCGCCGUGGAGGUUACAACUCACAGCAACUGCUAUUCUGAUUCCACACUUCUGUUUGGUUUGGAUUCCCAGCAAUACACCCUUUCUCUAUCAGCAAAAAAUCUCACACCGUACAAAUCCGCGUUGCUUCAUUCUUCGCUUAUCUUCACCCGCAUUCUUUCUUCCUACUUGCUAUGUUUUUAUGAAAGUUGGAAUUCUUGUUGAUUAGUUGUGCCAGCUCUACUUGGAAAGAUGGGUAGCACAUUCAAUCCACAGAUUUUAGUGGAAAAACUGGCCAAGCUGAAUGGUUCACAGACGAGUAUAGAGACUUUGUCGCAUUGGUGCAUUUUUCAUAUGAACAAAGCCAAACAAGUUGUUGAAACAUGGGAUAGACAAUUUCAUUGUUCUCCUCGUGAGAAGAGAUUGGCAUUUCUCUAUCUUGCAAAUGAUAUUUUACAGAACAGCAGGAGAAAGGGUUCUGAAUUUGUAGGUGAAUUCUGGAAGGUUCUUCCAGAUGCUCUUCGAGACGUGAUUCAAAGUGGAGAUGAUUUUGCUAGAAAUGCAGCACUUCGGCUGAUUGGUAUAUGGGAAGAGAGAAAAGUUUUUGGUUCUCGUGGUCAAAUUCUAAAGGAAGAGUUUGUUGGGAGGCAUGUGGAAAAUAAUAGCCGUGAUGUGAAACCUGUGAACAUGAAACUGAGGCCAUCUGCGGGGAAUGCAUUGGAGAAAAUAGUUUCUGGUUAUCAUGUUGUUUAUGGAGGGCAAACAGAUGAAGAUGCUGUGUUGAGCAAAUGCAGGAAUGCCAUUAGCUGUCUUGAGAAAGCAGAUAAGGAAAUAGGUCAUGAUGGUAAUUCAGGGCGAUUCCAUGGAUCUGCACUAGUGGAUGAGCUCCAGGGGCAUAGUGCUGCAUUAAAGGACUGCAUCGAGCAAUUAACAACCAUAGAAUCAUCAAGAGCUAGUCUUGUGUCUCACUUGAGGGAAGCUCUCCAGGAUCAGGAAUUCAAGCUGGGUCAAGUCCGUAGCCAGAUUCAGGCUGCACGUGUUCAAUCAGAGCAGGCAGGUAAUACCUGCCGGCAGUUGCUGAAUGCCAACAAUAUUCAGUCAGUAGCUGAACAGAACUCAAAGGAAAUUCAAACAUCCAUGGCCCCUUCAAGUUUUGUUAUUUCUGGUGAUAGAGAGCAAUCAGCUCCAUUAAUGUAUGCACCGCAAGUGUCGUUUCCUCAAAAAUCUGGACACACUGAGGAAGAUCCACGUAAGUCUGCUGCUGCAGCAGUGGCGGCUAAACUGACUGCUUCAACAUCCUCCGCACAAAUGCUAUCUUAUGUGCUGUCCUCCCUAGCAUCAGAAGGCGUCAUAGGCAAUCCAAUGAAAGAGUCUUCUGCUGAUUAUCAGUCUGAGAAGAGGACCAAGCUGGAGAAUGACCAGCCAGCUUACAUCCCAUCUCAGAAUCCUCAACAACCACUUCCUCCCUUUUCGGUUUCUGAGUCUAUCCAACAUAAUGCACCUACAACUAACCAGCAAUCUACCCCCAUUGAGCCACCACCUCCACCCUCGUCAUCACCUCCCCCAUUGCCACCACUACCACCAAUGCCUCAGUAUCCCGUGCCACAGUUCAUGCAGACUGCUGGAUCCAUUAGCAGUAUGGCAUACAGCUAUGGCAUGACACAACAGCCAUCAAUGGCAGCCUAUCCAGGCGUUGGGGCUUCCCUGAAUGGUGUUUCCCCUUUUACCCCCCCAUUGGGUACAUAUCAGGGUUUUCAGGGUUCAGAUGGAAAUUACUAUAAUCAACCCUCAUCAAUGCCUAUGGCCCCAAUAUCUCGACAAUAAAGUUCCCUGUCCUAGACUUAGGGUAGGGAAAAUUUGCUUAGGAAAAAACCUUCAUACCUCCACCCCGUAACCUAGCUAUGGGAAUCUGAUUCUUACUACUGUCAUAUGUGCACAUAGUAAAAAUGCUUUGUAACCUUAGUUGUUGGCUGGUACUAAUUUCCUGGAGUUAAAUAAUUUCGUUGUGUGUUACACCAAGGAUAACGGUUUUGUACUUCUACUGAGUAGGGUAAUUUAUCUUUUAGGUAUUGUAAAACUAAGCAUAUACUGUUGCCUUGGGGCUUAUUAGAUGUGUGAUUUUGGAGGGUGUAAGCACGUCGUUACUGGUGAAUCAGUUACUGUUGUAUUUGGUCAUCAGUCAUAGCCUGCUUGCAUGUCUUCGAAAAUUCCGCAUCUCUGCUGAUGGGCCUGUUACAUGUACAGACCAUAUGUGUUUGUAUUUUAUGGAAUUAUAUGUUGUGCUGGAGAACAAAACUAUCCUCCGAAGUUCCGGUUAACUGAACAUUUUAUUUAUUUAUAUUAUACAUGACAUGAUAUGUUGAAACACGUUUUUGUUUUCUGAGGAUAAAGGAACCGAAUUUGUAAAGCCAUACUUGCCAGUUGCAAUUAAGUGUGUUUAGGUGGUGUACUUGGACAAGUUUAUUCUGGGAUUGUAAAUUUCUAUUGAAUGCUUUC